AAAAACGGAAAUUAAAGUGACGAUAAAAUCUCGAUUUCAAUUAGAUUAUUCUCAAAUCGUAUUGAUAAUGGCUCAGUUCGAGUGGAGAUUGUGCUUCAAUUAGGUGUUUGAUUCGGUUCGUCGCAUCGAAAAUUUCGAAAUGAUCACGGCCGUCUUAGUCGUGUUGCUUUUGGCGUUUCCGCUAAUCGCGUUAUGGAAAAGGAUAAGAAUUUUAUAUUACAUAGAGAAAUUGCCAGGACUGAGGGCUUAUCCACUGAUAGGAACAACGUAUCAGUUUUAUAACGUUCCAAAAUCUGAUAUAUUUUCUACUUUGGUUAAGAGGAAUUUGAAGUACGGACCAAUCCUGAGGUCGUGGCUCGGACACAGACCUCUCGUUCAUCUGAUGAAACCUGCAUAUUUUGAGAAAGUGAUGACGAGCCAAGUGAGCCUCAGCAAGGGCAUGAGCUACGACACCGUGAAGCCGUGGAUGGGGAACGGAUUGCUCGUUAAUACCGGUGCGUCCUGGCACCAGAGGAGGAAGCUUCUGACGCCGGCGUUCCAUUUCUCGAUACUGGAGAAUUUCGUGGAAGUUUUCAACGAGAAAGCCCUGAAGUUGGCGGACAAAUUGGAGACGAAAGUUGGCCAACAGAUUAAUAUGCUUCCUUACAUCACAAAGACGACUCUAGAUAUUAUCUGCGAAACUGCAAUGGGAAUACAGUUCAACGCAAUGGACGAUGGAAGCAGCGAGUAUAUAGAUGCGUUGUGCAGUGUCACGGGUUUGGCUAUAAUGAGGAUGUUGAGGCCGUGGGAGAUGAUACCGUUCAUCUAUAAGAUGACGAAAAACGGAAAGAGAUACUACCGUUGCGUGAAGAUCUUGCACGAGGUCGCAACCCAAGUGCUGGUUGAAAAGAAGAAAGCGUACAACUCGAAGAAGGCUUCUGCCGUCCAAGAAACGAGUGAGGAGGAUCUAUUGAUGGGGAAGAAGAAGCGCAAGGCGUUCUUGGAUCUCGUGUUGGAAGCGUCGAACGGCGGCCAGGAUCUGAGCGAUACGGAGAUUAGGGAGGAGAUUGAUACUUUCUUAUUCGCCGGACAUGACACUACUUCAUCUGGAAUCUGCUGGACGUUGCUGUUAUUGGGAAACCAUCAGGAUUGGCAGGACAAAGUGAGAACGGAAAUCGAGGAUAUAAUGCAGGGAGAGCAGAGGCCGUUCACGAUGCAGGAUUUGCAGGAGAUGAAAUGUCUCGAGCGGGUGAUCAAAGAGCAGCUCAGGAUCUUUCCGAACGUACCGGUUAUAGCGCGCAUGCUGAGCGAGGACCUGAACUUGGACGGCUAUUACAUUCCUGCCGGCGUGUCAAUCAAUAUGCAAAUCUACGAGGCGCACCACGAUCCCGAAAAUUGGCCGGAACCGGAACGCUUCGAUCCGGACCGUUUCUUGCCGGAAAACACGAAAAACCGACAUCCCUAUUCGUACGUGCCCUUCAGCGCCGGCCCAAGGAAUUGCAUUGGGCAAAAAUUCGCGCAGCACGAACAAAAGAUACUGUUAGCUACGAUUCUGAGGAAGUACCGAGUGAAGGCCGUGGACAAAGUGGAGGACGUAAAGAUGAAUUUCGAGAUAGUCAUCAGACCUCACGACGGUCUGAAUGUGAUCCUCGAGCGGAUCGAUUGAGGAGUUGUUUACUUACUUUUAAUACAAUGUAUUAUAAUAAUUAAUAUUAUUAAAAAAAAAACACUAAACUAAAGUAAAAUUAAGCCUGCUUCUUCGAGUGACGAGCCAUCAAGUUCGACUGAACAAUUUCAUGGAUCACUCGAGUUUCGUCAUUAAUUAUUUCGCAUGAGUUAGACGAAGAGGCAGAUAAUAGAAUGAAAGAGUGAGAGAAUAAAAGAGCUGGAUGAAUAUUGUUAUUAAACGGUAAUUUCAGCUACAGCAGCUGUAGCAGAGAAGU